CCAGAAAUGAUCGCCGUUUAUAGUGAAGCUGCGGUUGUCUGUUGCAUUGUGGGAGACACAUGAUGAUUGACGCUGACGCCAUUUUGUGUGCGUCCAUUGUGUGAGAAGAUAGUAAACAUCUGACAACACUCGCUGGUCCCGGCGAUAAAUUUACCUUUGGUGAUAAUUUGACGUCAUGGCUCGUACCAAGCAAACUGCUCGUAAGUCCACUGGAGGAAAGGCUCCUCGUAAGCAGCUGGCCACCAAGGCUGCCCGCAAGAGUGCUCCUUCCACUGGGGGUGUCAAGAAGCCCCAUCGUUACAGGCCCGGGACCGUCGCUCUGAGAGAGAUUCGUCGGUACCAGAAGUCCACUGAGCUGCUAAUCCGCAAGCUGCCCUUCCAGCGCCUGGUCAGGGAAAUCGCUCAGGACUUCAAGACUGAUUUGCGUUUCCAGAGCGCGGCCAUUGGUGCUCUACAGGAGGCCAGUGAGGCUUACCUGGUGGGACUAUUUGAGGACACCAACCUGUGCGCCAUCCACGCCAAGCGUGUCACCAUCAUGCCCAAAGACAUCCAGCUGGCCCGCCGAAUCCGUGGAGAGCGUGCUUAGAAAACAUGUGUUUGACAUCUGUCCCUUUGUUUUUUUUCCUUUGCCUGUCCUCCCUCUCCCCUACUGCUCCCUCACGCCUCCCUCAUCUCCUGUACUUCCCCAGCUUCUCAGUAGACUUUAGGCUACUUCUGACUAUUAAGGUAGUAUUCAGUUGACGUCUGGUCUCUCAGAGGUUUCUUUGGCUGUGUUUCAGUUUGGCAUACUCCCGUACUUUGCUCUUUUGGGAGACAAAAAUGCAGUGCACUGUCAGUACCCGGAGGUUGCUCUUAAGAUGGCGAGUGUGCAGCGAUAGACACUUACCACCCUUAAUAGUCCGCAUCAUUGCUUCAUAGCGGAAGGGCAGGGACUGACUUGAUAGAAUGGCGACUCAGGAGCAACCCGUAGUGGCGGGAACAUGUGAACAUAAGAAGAAGCGGGUAAAUAUUUCGAUUUUUAGUGCACAAUGAGUACGAGCAAGUGAUUGAUUUUGGAUACUUGCGUCAGUACACUUAAGUAAGCAUACUGUGGACAGAUGCUCCCGAGUGUAUGCAUUUUGACCGUGUCGUGUUGUCCCAAAUUUAUUACAGGAGAUGUGUACUUAAAGGAAUAUUUCACAAUAUUUACCUGCUUCUUCUCUUCUCCUUUAUCAUCCCAAUACAACAUCUGGCAGCUUUCCCCAGCCCACCCCACUUGGUUGCACAAUAAUUAAAAAUGAAUUUGUACUUAACGUUGUCGCUUUUUGUUUGGUAGUCCCUCCCUCCGCUGCGCAACCAAUGUGGCGACUGUUGAAGGUGGCGAGUGUCUAGCACUGCGCACUCUCCAUUUGGUGCGUGUUGAGUGCAACUGACAGUGCACUCAAAGACAAAAUGUCAAGUAUGGAAGUAUGCAAAAGGAGACACAGCCUUUGUAUUCACAAAAUUCUUUUUAGGGUAUCUUUUUCGUGCAUGUACGAGGUUUGAAGAUCAGACAAGCACUGCUACACACAUUCAGCUAUGCCGGGUUUGAGGGCGGUGGCCACCUAGGUUCUUCCGACGGGGGCGGGAUCAGAUGGGCUAGUCUGCUUAAGGGGAGCUGCAACUUCCACAGCAGGGUGCUAUUAAAACUAGUCCUGACACUUCUGACUUUUGUAAUCACACUUCUGCCCUCACUCCCACGCAUCCAUCCCCCACAAGCAGCUUUUCAAAGUACAUCUUUGCCUCUGUAUAACGUGCACGGGGAGUGUUUCUGUGUGCACGUGUGAACUCUGAUCUUUUUACCUGGCUCUAAUCGACAAGCAAAGAUCUCUUGGUUACUUAAGAUAUUGUGCAUAUGGUGUCUUUUUUUUUUUUUAAACAUAUAAAUCAUAAUCCCUUCCACUUUAGAAUUCAAAGCGCUGGGGGAAACCUAGUGGCAUUGCUAACAUGGUGAAGUCGUUUCUGUUAUGUCCUCCUUUUACAGUAAUGUGUUUAGAACAUCUGUACUGACAAUACAGGUUGUAUUUUAAUUGCA